UUACUGGCUGAGCUGCUGGGGCCUGAGCCCCGGCCUUGGGGUUUAGGGGGGUGCUGCUGUCGGGCAGCUCUGCCCCAGCUUGUGCAGGGCAGCUUGUCCCCCCCACCCCCACCCCAGCCGGGGCCACUGCCAGCUCUCCAGGCAUCUCCGUCUCAGGACCAGCACAGGCAGAAAAUGCUGAGAGGUCCCUGCUUGGCCUCCCACACUUGGUGUCUCCCAGCUCUCGGCUGCCACGGCCACGCACAAACACAUGCCGUGGGGGGCCAGGGCUGCAGCGCAAUGCAUUCAGAGCCAGGAGGGAGCAGGCCCAUGCCUGCCGGCCCCAGCAGAGGUCUUCAUCCACCUUCAGCCCGGUCUGGCAGAGGUGCUGCCGCAGCGGCCCCUGGUCCUGCUCGGGGGAGUCUUGCAUACAGCCUCCUGCCACCCCAGCCCUGCCGGUGCCCCUCACUCCUGACCUGCGGUGCCCACAUCCCUAAGCAGAGGCUGCACUGGGCCUGGGCUCUAGUGCUGGAGCAGACCCUGCGAUGGGGACUAGGGGGGCACAUCAUUGGUUCAGGGUUUAAGCAGCGUUGGCCAGGGGGUGCAGGGAGGGGUCUCACACCCUGCCCUCCCCUGCUGGCAGCGUGACCAGUUGUGACUCAGGUGUCCGGCGCCGCCCAGGCCCCUCCUGCCGCCCGCCCUCUCGCCUGCCGCGCUCCAGCACUCUGCUCCGUUGCUCGCUCGCCGCCGACUGCCUCCUGAAACCCAAUCUCCCGCAGCGCCGGGCCAUGAAGCCAGCCGAGGCAGGCGCGGGGUCCCCGCGGCCCUUGGACCUGGCAGCGUUCGCCAGCAGCUGCACGCUGCAUGGGCUGGGGCAAGUCUUUGUGCCGGGGGCGAUGACGCCGCGGCGGGCUGUGUGGGCCGGCGCCUUCGUGGCAGCACUGGGCGCUUUCCUGUACCAGGUCGGGGAGCGCGUGGCCUUCUACGCCCAGUACCCGCACGUUACGGCGCUGGACGAGCAGGAGAGCCGCCAGCUGCCCUUCCCGGCCAUCACGCUCUGCAACUUCAACCGCAUCCGCCGCUCCCGCCUGACGCCCGACGACUUGUACUGGCUGGGCCCCGAGCUGCUGGGCGUGCAGCGUGCCGACUUCGCCCGCUACCUGGCGGCGCUAGGUCGGCCUGCCGACUUCGCCGGCUUCUUCCCCAGCAAGAGCUUCGACCUGCGCGCCUUCUACCAGCGCGCCGGCCACGCGCUGCCCGACAUGCUGCUGAGCUGCCGCUUCCGCGCCCGCGAAUGCGGCCCCGAGAACUUCACCACCACCUUCACGCGCUUGGGCAAGUGCUACACGUUCAACUCGGGGGCGCCGGGCACGGAGCUGCUGACCACGCUGCAGGGCGGCGCCGGCAACGGGCUGGAGCUCAUGCUGGACAUCCAGCAGGAAGAGUACCUGCCCGUCUGGGGCGACACCGAGGAGACGUCCUACGAGGCAGGCGUGAAGGUGCAGAUCCACAGCCAGGACGAGCCGCCCUCGGUCGAGGAGCUGGGCUUCGGCGCCGCGCCCGGCUUCCAGACCUACGUGUCCUGCCAGCAGCAGCGGCUCGUGUACCUCCCGCCGCCCUGGGGCGACUGCGCCUCCGCGCCCGACGCCUCCGACUUCUUCAGCAACUACAGCCUGCCGGGCUGCCGCCUCGACUGCGCCACGCGCUACCUGGCCGAGACCUGCGGCUGCCGCAUGGUGCACAUGCCCGGCAACGCCAACGUGUGCACGCCGGAGCAGUACAAGGCGUGCGCCGACCCUGCCCUGGACCUCCUGGUGCAGAAGGACGACGAGCUCUGCGCUUGCCGCCCGCCCUGCGCCGCCGUGCGCUACGGCAAGGAGCUCUCCAUGGCCAAGAUCCCCAGCAAGGCCGCGGCCCGCUACCUGGCCAGCAAGUUCAACCGGACCGAGCAGUACAUCGCGGAGAACGUGCUGGUGCUGGACAUCUUCUUCGAGGCCCUGAACUACGAGACCAUUGAGCAGAAGAAAGCCUACGAGGUGGCCGGGCUGCUGGGUGAGCGCGCGGGGUGCCCGGUGGGGGUCUCGGGGCCGGGCCAGGCUGGGCUCAGCCCUCCCCGGCCCCGUGGGGGCUGCCCUGACGCCCGCCCCACCCCGCUCGCAGGCGACAUCGGGGGCCAGAUGGGGCUGUUCAUCGGCGCCAGUCUCCUGACCGUACUGGAGGUCCUGGACUACCUGUAUGAGGUCUGCCGGGACAAGCUCCGCAGCUUCUACAAGGGCAAGAGGAGGGACCUGAGCAGCAACAGCAACACCCUGGUAACUGCCCCUGCCCCUGCCCCGGUCCCCACCUGCCCCUGGCUCUGCUCACCCCCUUGUCUCGUCUGUCUCCCCCGCCGCGGCCGCGCCAGGAGUAUCCGGAGGUCCCAGGCAGCCCCAGCGCCAGGCUCCCACACAGGCCCAGGUAGUGCCCCCCGGGGCUCAUCCCCCUCCGUUCAGCUCGGAGCCCCCCAGCCGGACACACUCCCCCAGCUCCACACCAUGGCCACCGCCCCGUGCCCCUCGCCCCCAAAGUGCUGCAGCGCCCGGGCUGCAACCCCAGACUCGGGGGCUCCUGGGGAGCGGACAUGGGUGCUCCAGCCUCGGGAAAGUCCUGGUACAGGAUGGGGUAGCAGCACCGUGGACGGACCUGGGGGUCUCGGCGGCUCCCAAACCCGAUAGGCGCCUGCAGCGCGAUGCAGCCACGCAGAAGGUCAAGGCGGUUUUGGGGGCUGCAUCGACAGAAGCAUCGGGUGCAAGAUGCAGGAGGGCUGGUGCCUCCGCUC